AUGAGUCUCAAGCAGUCAGUUCCAGUACAGAAAAAGCCCAAACAAACAUGGGACGUUCAUACACUUGCUACUACAUCUAAAGGAAGAGCCCGAAGAAAACCUGAUACAUAAAGAGACACAUUGUUCUAGACUCUGGAGAUGUAAUGAUCGUAGGAACCAAAGUUCCCCACAGGCUUCUUUGGAAGGAAUGCUUAUGUGGUGAGCCUUAGAAGAAGCAAUGUCCCAGGCAUGCUUAGCUGCUCAACAGUUGGUGCCAAGGGGACCCAGAACGACAAGCCAGCAACAGGUUAAGUGAAGUGUUUUCUGUUACUUCAAACGUCUCCUGUAUCUUUUCUUAUGUUACAAUAACGAGCCUCCCAGCAGUGCCAGGGGCCCGUUUCUCGCGGACUCUCUCGGGUUCGGCCACGCCGGGGUGUCGCUGGGCUCCGGACGGGGAGCAGGGCGAGGCUUGCGGCUGGUCUCUGGCAGCGGAGGGGUUACCCCUGUGGCUCGCUGCUAAGGGCGGGGAAGUUGCUCCUGGCUCUUGCUGCUCCGCAGAUCCGGGGCUGAACUUCCCGGGUCCGGCGCUGCCGCCGCUGCCUCCAUCGGGAGCCGGGAGCCGGGGCUGAGCCGCUGCCGCUGCCCAGCGGGGUCCGUGCGGGGAGAGCCCUUCCCUAGCGCCGCUCGGGGCCCAGCCGGGGGGACUUGCUCCGGGGGCUGGAGGCAGCCCCUGAGCCGGAGGCUGCAGAUGCACAAAGAUGGCGGAGUGCUGUGCUGGAGGAAGGAGGACACAAGAGACCUCACAAGCAGGCAGGAGAAAAGGCUGCAGAACAUUAGCUCCAGGUCAUCCCAUCCCAGCAUGAGACGGAGAAGUGACAUGGCCAUAGCAAAACCUGUGAUCUUCGAGGAGGUGGCUGUGUAUUUCACCAAAGGGGAAUGGGCUCUGCUGGACCCAGAUCAGAGAGCCCUCUACAGGGAUAUCAUGCAGGAGAAUUAUGAGAUUGUGACCUCAUUGGGAUUUCCGAUUUCCAAACCCAGUGUGAUCUCCUGGCUGGAACAAGGAGAGGAGCCAUGGGUCCCCAAUCUCUGGGGCUAUGAAGAAAGGGAGAUCUCAAGAGAUGCCCACACAGGUGAUGGGACGGUGAGUGAGAACAAGGAGGAGAACCCUCAGCAGGAAGGUCCCGAGCAAAUGGAAACACAUGGGAUUCUAUCAGGAAGAUCUGAAAGGAAUGUUUUCCAGAAUCUCAAGCACAAGGAGGCCUUGCAGAGUCAGUGCAGACCAGACAGACAUCAGGGAAACCAGCCAGGGCAGAGACAGGGUAAAUCCGCUCAGAAUAGCAGAGGGGUUGAGCAAAUCAAAGAAACUGUUCAGCAGAGAAUCCCCACUGGAGAGAGACCAAACACGUGCAACGACUGUGGAAAAAGCUUCCUUUGCAGAUCAGCCCUUAUUACUCACCAGAGAAUCCACACAGGAGAAAAACCCUUUAAAUGCCCUGAAUGUGGGAAAAGUUUCUGCAAGAGGUCAGCCCUUACUGACCACCAGAGAACUCACACAGGGCAGAGACCUUACAAAUGCAAUGAAUGCGAGAAAAGUUUUACUUGCAACUCACACCUUCGAUCACAUCAGAGAAUUCACAGGGGAGAGAGACCCUACGAAUGCCCCCACUGCGGGAAACAAUUCCGGCACAGCUCAACCCUCAUUAGGCAUAAGAAAAUCCACACAGGACACAAACCCUAGAAGUGUCCUGGCUAGGGCUGGAUCAAGUAAAUAACACCUUUGUUGGGUCCUAUGAUUCCCAGAGCAUCAGGACAGUCUGGAGUGACCAUAUAACAAGAACAUGCAAUAGUUGUUAAAGGAGAGAAUGAAAUUAACUGCCAGGAACAGCUGUGCAGAGCAAGAGGCUGAGAUAGAGUCCCAUGUUAUGAUGGGAUUUGAUUAUAGCAUCCUCUGUUCAGCUCCUACAUUAAAGUUUGAUGUUAUUCACCUAGAACCAUCUUUAUCUUAUACAAUGUGACUUCUCAUUUAUUCUUGAUAGUGUUUUGGGCCUGGAUCCACCAAGGGGCUUAGGUGUUGCGACAUCGAGAAUUACAACACCUAACUUUUAGGGUCAUAGAAAAUGACAGGUAUGACACUGGGAUCCGCAAAGCCUGAGUUUGGAGCCCAAGCUCCCUGUAAGAUGAGUAUGCAGAGAUAGGCAUCUUACAAUUGCCUUUUUAAAUAGAUCAGCAAGUUGAGACAGUAGCUGCAGCCAGCAAGCUCCUUCUGUCCUGAGCCCUGUUGUGUCCCCCCACUUGCCCUAUGGAGAAGGGGUAAGCGGGGGGCAGGAGCAGGGGGGAGGGGAACACCCUGACAUUAGUCCCCCCUCCCCUCCACCCCGCACAGCAAGCAGAAGGCUCCCUGGAGCAGCUCCAAGGCAGAGGGCAAGAGUAGCACAUGGUAGUGGGGGGGAGGUACAGCUGAACUGCCGGCAACUGGAGGAGCAACUGGACUAAGUUAUAGGAUUUGAAUUUGACAAAAUUGUAAUUAAAAUUGAUUUGGUGCUGAGUUAGACUGUGUGCUUUCACUUGUAAUUGCCAAUUAUUGCUUACACUUGUGUGUGCAGUGCUGUGCUCACUUCACUUGAUUACUAAAUUAUCUGGUAUACUGCUUAAAAGAGCUACUCUUGACAUCUGUGGUUUGUUGAGUAUAUAACUAAAUCUCAGAUGUGUUAUCAUUUGUGAAAAUUCAUUGUUGGACGAUAAAUUCUGUUUUGUUUUCUUACUUUAAUUCAAUUUGUACCUUUAAGUGCUAGUGAGAGCUAGCAAUUUUGUUAAAUCACUGUUCUGCUCUGCUCUGUAACUCACACUCAUCCCCUGCAGCUGUGCUGUGUUUACGCAUUUGAGUGAGAAUUACCUGCUGGUGAAAAAUGCAUCCUUAAAUCUCUCUCCCUUAUAACAUUACACUGUGCAUGAGAAAAAAAAAAAGCUAUCUUCUGACUUCAAAAUCUCACAUCCAUCUUUGUGUGUGUUUGAAACUUUAGAAUACUUUCAAACUAACUUUAAUUUUUGUGUAUGAUUUUUGAACUACAGAGCUAUCUAAAGUGCUCAUACCUUACACUCAUCUCUAGCUUCAUUCCAAUCGUGGUGUAGGGACUUCACUAGCACAGUUAUAAAUAGCAGUGUAGAUGGUGAGGCACGGCUUAGGUGACUAGAGUAAAGACAUGAUUGAACCCUGUGGAUAUGUACCCUACACUGGCCCUCAACUCAUUCAAGCACUGCCACCCCCAUAUACGCUGCUGUUUUUAGCAACACAGUGUCCCCCCUUCCUCCCUGCCUCAGUUUGCUGCCAGACCCUUUCCCCGACUCUGGGAGCUGCUGGAGCCUUUGCCUAGGGCAGGGAGACUCUGGCUGUGGGGAAAGACUCCAGCAGCUCUCCCUGCUGAGCCUUUUCCUGUUGCCUACUCCUGCCAGAGCCUUUCACUGACACAUGCAGCUACGCACCAUAAUGUAGAUACAGCUUGCUGUUCACUGAGUCAUGAAGUUGUGGGUCACCAGUGUGGUUAGCUGUUUGGCUGCGUAUGUGUUUUUUUGUGUGUGCUGCCCCACCUCUGUGCAGACAGCUGGCACAGCAGACCUUGAAUGAACCGCUCAAUGACCACAAGAUCUGUUAAGGUACGAAGGCACCAGGCCAGGUUUAUUGUUGACAAAGCACGGUAAUAGCACCAGGCAGACUCUACAAGAAUACUAAAACAUGUAUGUUUGUAACAAUGGAUGCAGCAUAGUGAAUGGUGGGACUUUCCAUUCCCCCCUCGGCUGAACAAAUAUAUUCCCUCUGAAAUAUAUUUUUAUACCCAAAUACAAACAAGUUAGUACUGCCUCUGACAUAAUUAGUUACUACCCCCGGAUGUAGCUAGUUAUCACCUUGUACAUAUUGGUUAAAUUAAAACAUUUUCAUUA